AUGUCUUCUUCAGUAACAGGCUACACAGCCUGUGCACUCGGUGCAUUUUCAAUUCUUAUGUGCAUGAUUGCUGUUCCAACAAUUAUCAUGCAAGUCGAUCAAGUUCGAAUUGAAUUGCAAACCGAAAUGGAAGCCUGGAAAGCGCAAUCCGAUCAAACCUAUUUGGAUCUUCAAAAAUACGGAAGAGUUCGUCGUCAAGCUUAUGGUGGAUAUGGCGGAUAUGGAAGUGGGCCAUCUGGACCAUCAGGACCACCAACUGGUGGAUUCCCAGGUGGACCAAAUCACGGUGGAUUCCCUGGAGGACCACAAUCUUCGAAUAACCCAGGAUUGCCGGGAGUUAUUGGAGUUCCACCAUCGGUCACUGGACAUAAUGGAGGAUCACCAGUUAAUCCAGAUGGAUCACCAUCAGGUAAGGGCUUUAAAUUACAACUUUAUUUGAAAACAACAAGUUACAGUACCGUUUUUCGAUUCGGUUACUGUAACUUGCCGCAUUCGUGGUAGCUUUCGAAUUUCAGAUCUUUUGAUUAUUUUUUGAAGUAUUCAUUUGAAAGAAAAUUCAAAAAACAAAAUCAUCUUGUUCUAAAAAAAUGACUUUUUCCAAAUUAUAUUUUUUUGCAGCCGGACCAGGAGACAAAUGUAACUGCAACACCGAAAACUCAUGCCCAGCUGGACCAGCCGGACCAAAAGGACAACCAGGACACGACGGACCAGACGGUAUUCCAGGAGUUCCAGGAAUCGACGGAAACGAUGCCGAUGAUGCUAAAGCCCAAACUCAACAAUACGAAGGAUGUUUCACUUGUCCAGCUGGACCACAAGGGCCACAAGGACCAACCGGAAAGCCAGGAGCCCGUGGAAUGCGUGGAGCACGUGGACAAGCCGCUAUGCCAGGUCGUGAUGGAUCACCAGGUAUGCCAGGCUCAUUGGGACCAGUCGGACCACCCGGAGCUGCUGGAGAAGAAGGACCAACUGGAGAACCAGGACAAGAUGUCGAACACCAAAUCGGUUUGCCAGGAGCCAAAGGAACUCCAGGUGCACCAGGAGAAUCUGGAGAUCAAGGAGAACAAGGAGAUCGUGGAGCAACUGGAAUUGCUGGACCACCAGGAGAGAGAGGACCACAAGGAGAUAAGGGAGAUGAUGGGCCAAAUGGAUUGGCUGGAUCACCAGGAGAAGAAGGUGAACCAGGACAAGAUGCCCAAUAUUGUCCAUGUCCACAGAGAAACACAAAUGCUGCUGUUAAUGCCAAUCAAGGUUACAGAAACUGA